CAGCGAAAAAGCUCUUACACUGAGUUGAAGACAUCUGAUGCGGUUGCAAUAGUGACUAUUUUCCUAGCUUAACUAACAAUGCAAUUGUGAUUUAAGUUUUAAAAAUGGCAUCUCUAUACUGAUAUUGAUAGUUUUUUGCGAUGAGAUUAAAGCAAGAUGAGGAAGAAAAACUGCAAAAUGUGUUAAAAAUUGUGGUUAAAUGUGUUUUCAUUUUCUUGCUAUGAGCGUACAUAUAGUACAAAUCGAACAGACAUAUGUUGGCAACGAAAAGCCAUUUAUUACCUUUAUUACCCUCUCAUAUCGUGCACAACAGCCCGCCGGUUGUGCUUUUGUGUAUAUUGGAUAUACGAGCAUUCAAAUAUAAAGAGAUGGUGAAAAUAUUACCUUUUUUGGAGUCCCAUAAGAGCAUAUUUAAAAAUUAUUAGCGGUAUUUGUUCGCCUGACUGUUAGUUGGUAAUUUGGUAUACCUCUGAACUGUUAAAGCUCUCUUUAAAAUUUUAAGGUCCAGUAAAUUAUGAAUACAACUAGCAACAUGUUGUUUUUUCUUCACUCAGUGACACAUAUAGCCCGUUAAUAAUCAUCACAAAAUCACAGCGUGAAUAUAUCUCAAGGGAAACACAAAGAGAGUCGGACAAUUGUGGUCUACAAGUUUACAAAAAUCUCAACUCUAACCAUAGAAAAACUACAGAGACGAAUAAAUAUGAAGAACACGAACAACGCACAAGCAGAGAAUGACAUUAAUAAUAACUGCAACGGCACUAGCCAUCAUCAAAUUAUGAAGGAUAUGAAUUCAUGCAUUAUAACAUGGAAAUUUUUAUUAGCAAUUUUGUUUUUCAUACUAGUGGAAUCGAAUUCAACGUUGGCUAAAUCAGAGGACGCAGCGAUACCUUUAACAGGAACGUCUAUGACAAUAACACCUGUUGUAGAUUCAUUGUCCACAACUACGAAAACUGCUUUAUCACAAAAUCCAAUGACAACUCAUUCAAUAUUAGCUGAACAAUACUCCUUGACUCCAAUAACUAAAGAUUUAGUGAAAACUGUUUAUGGACUGCCAUCUUCAACACCACCUGUAGCCCAGCAAUCAAUUCCAAUUUCAUUACCUUCAACUGUAUCAUCGAAACAGACUUCAUCGGCACCUGACGACCUCUUAAAAGGCUUUUCGAUGCCCACACUUAUACCACCAUUAUCGCCAUUUGUUAUAGACCAGUUGACAAAGUAUCCACCCCCAACUCCUUCAAUAAAACCAGUAACAUCCAGCAUGUCAACGAAAUCCGAGGACCAACUUUAUAUUGCCGCCUACCAACAGAACAGACGCCGUCCAAACUUUUCUCUGACAACCAAAAACAUUACCGUUCAAUUGGGAAAUCACGCCUAUUUAUCAUGCAACAUUCAGCGCGUUUUGAAUAAGCCAAUUUCAUGGCUGCGCCUCCGCGAUGGACAUAUUCUAUCUGUCGACCAAGCAACUUUCAUCUCCGAUCAGCGCUUUCAAUCUAUUUUUCAAGGCCAGAGCGAUAACACUUGGUCACUACAAAUCAAAAACGUACAGAAAAGCGAUGAAGGCUGGUAUGAAUGCCAAGUGCCCACCGAACCGAAAAUGAGCGCUAAAAUCCAUUUAGGAGUGGUGGUACCCCACACUGAACUUAUUGGUGAUCGGAAUCGUUUCGUGAAGGCGGGCAGCAGAGUGGCAUUGCACUGUAUUGUUCGUGAUACGCUGGACCCACCAGCGUACAUUAUCUGGUUUCGCGGCAAAACACAAAUCACAAAUGAUAAUGAAAUGGGUUGGUACACAGAAAUCGAUCGUACGAUAUUCGGUAAUGCUGACAGCAGUAGUAAUACGAUCGGUUCGUUAAUAAUACCAUGCGUUCGGAAGCUGGAUUCGGACACCUACAUUUGUGAGCCAUCGAAUAGUGCUUCCGUUUCCGUCGACCUUCACGUGCUUAGCGGAGAGUAUUCUGCAUCGGCCAUAAUGUCAGUGGCAGGCUCCCAUCGACUUAGUAAGUCCGCUUUCGCUUGCCAUUUAUCUUUUCUGCUGCUUCUGCAGGCCAUGGGGAAAACGUGACUCAAUUGUAAUUCGUCACACGUUUCGAAAACGCAUUUCCUUCCCCUUCGAUUAUUCCCUUUAACAUGUCAAACGCCUUUUUUGGAAGAAUAAAAUAUAAACAAGUUAAGUUAAUAAUUGUAUUAACAACAGCAAUUAUUAAUACCAAA